UUAAUGAAUAUUCAGGUACCUUCACUUCACUCAUUCUGCCUUCAAGCCCUCACUUCAAAUUGACUCAUGUCAAUGGGUGAAAUUUCCCGUAUGUGUUUGUGUCGUGUCGGUAAGAUGAUCUUUUGAAUAUGAAGUUGUUCUCUUUUCUUUCUUCUUUUUCGUGACCAAACCAUUGCCACGAUGAUCUUACGUUUGUAAUGUCUUUGAAUGCAUUUCCGUAGUUUCGGCAUGUGACGCAUCUCCUCCAUCGUUAACGUCUCUGUCUCCUCCUACUGCUCUCCUGAUGUUAAUGAAGUAACCAUUAGCAACUGGGCAGUGCCCGGGUCAACACCCCACUAAACCGGCGAUGUCGCCUACAUUUACACAAUAGGGACGUAGAACUCAGCCUGACCUCACUGUUGUAGGUGAGUCACACUGAUGCAGUGGCUGCGGACAUCGCCAUGUUGCCAGGAGUCGGUGUCUUUGGGACGGGGAGCACGGCCCGUGUGCUCGUCCCUUUGUUGAAAGCGGAAGGGUUUGAAGUUCAUGCCCUCUGGGGACCAAGUGAGGAGGAGGCCUGCUGUCUGGCAAAGGAGCUCAGCAUCCCGUUUCAUACCAGCAGAUCUGAUGAUGUUCUGUUGCACCAAGAUGUUGACCUUGUCUGCAUCUGUAUCCCUCCGUCGAUGACUCGGCAGAUUGCAGUGAAAGCACUGGGUAUCGGUAAGAAUGUUGUCUGUGAGAAAGCAGCUACUGCUGUGGAUUCAUUCAAGAUGGUCACGGCAGCCAGGUAUUACCCGCAGCUGCUCAGCAUCAUGGGAAAUCCUCUUCGCUUCCUGCCUGCUUUCGUCGCCAUGCGUCAACACCUGGUGGAUGGGUACGUGGGUGAGGUGAACGUGUGUGACGUCCGUGUCUAUGGCCCCAGCCUCUUGGACCAAACGUAUGGCUGGACUUGUGAGGAACUGAUGGGGGGCGGGGGUCUUCACACUGUUGGCUCCUCCCUUAUUGACCUUGUGACGUACCUGACUGGGGCUCACGCCCAGCGCGUGCACGGUUUGCUGAGGACAUUCGUGCAGCAGAACGGCAACAUCCGAGGCAUCCGACGGGUCACCAGCGAUGACUUCUGCUUCUUCCAGAUGUUGAUGGGGCUGCCCGGGUCCACCUCUGCAGGUGUGUGCUGCACCGUGACCCUAAACUUCAACAUGCCUGGAUCAUUCACGCAUGAGGUCAUGAUCGUUGGGUCCUCUGGGAGGUUGUUGGCGAGAGGCGCAGAUUUGUACGGUCAGCGCAAUGACAGUAGAACUGAGGAGUUGUUGCUCAAGGAAAGUGGAUAUUCUGGGCCAGAGGCGACUGACAUCCCUUUACCUCAUUUGCAUGGGCUCAGCUCCAUGGUCAAAGCACUGAAACAGUCUUUUCAGGCUCGUGAGGAGCGCCGAUCAUGGGCUCGUGGACCGGUGGCCUCGGCAGCAACGUUUGAGGACGGUCUCUAUGUGCAGUCUGUGGUGGAGGCAGUGAAGCGGUCCAGCUGUAGCGGAGAGUGGGAGGGCGUGGCUAUCAUGAGUCAAGAGCCUGACCCGAAUCACAACCUGUGCGAGGCACUGCAGCGGAAUAAAAACUGAACGUAUUUAUUCUCCCAAUGGCACUAAUGUCAGCUGUACCUGAAUGUCACCUCUGACUACUGGGCUGUAGUUUGAACUCACAAUUCAUCACUGAAACCGAAGCUGCUCACCGCUACAUGCAAAACUGCAAUAUGUACUCCUGAAUGAACUCACAGUACUCGUUUGAAAAUAUUUUCUGUACCAAUAGCACCUUACUUUAACAGAGAGUGUUCACUGUAAACGAGAAUGUCCAUUAUACUUGCAGUUUCAACUGUGGUACUGCACAUGGCUGACACUGAGCUGUUGAAAGUUUUUCAUUUUAAAACCCAUUUGGUGUGUAUGGGUUUGAGAUGGCCAGCAACAUUUCAUGGUGCAGUUUUACGGCAUUUGGCUCUGUUAAUUUCCACACUUUCGCUUCGCCGAAAUGUUAUUGUGUCUCCCCUGCAUCAUUGGUUCAACAUAUAUCCAUAUCUUUUCAACUAGGUGCUCAUGAUUUUAACAACUAACUCUAGUGUUGUGUUUUGUUUGGUCGCACAAUAAUCACACAUUUGAGUUAGUUGACUGCAAUAUGUGUUUAGACUUUUUCAACCAUAGUUAGUGAUCAACCUAUAGCAGCCUUUCUUUUUAGCUUGAUGCCGACUUAGGCCAUAUUUGAGCUCCACAUUUAGUCCUGUCCUGAUCCACCAUUAAACUGUUGUGUAGGAUUCUGCUGCCCAUCUGGGUUCCCCCAGUCUUCUGUGGUUUGAGCUGGUUUGAAAGAAGAACAUGGAUAGUGCACUGCUGGUCUUGAUAAAGUGAUAUAGAGACCCAUUUUGCUGCAUUGGGACCUGUAAAUGUGUGGAUAUCACCUCCAACUAUAUUUAAAGCCGUGGCAACUUGGCUUCUUGCGUACAUUCUCAGCAGGUACUGAUCAAUCUGACUGGGGAUUCCCUGAAAGAGCUGCAACUUUGAUGGCAAGUGCUGCUGGUCUUGGUAAUGGGUCUGCUGGAUUAAAAGACGCUAACGUUUGUUUGAUUUUUACAACACUAAAGUCACUGACUUUUGUACAACCACUGGAUUUUUCUGUACGUUUCAAGCAUGUAGUGAAUUUACCAGGUGCUUCGGUGGGAUACUGGUGUUCAUGCUUCUUCACGGAUUCAUAUUGAACCAUGGAGAAGUUAUCAAAAAGAUAAAAUGAUGGCGCCUCAAUUAUGCAAAAUGUCUAAUAAUGACAUUCCAGACAUGGUUUGUUUUAAUUGCACUGAUUUGCGAGCGGACCCCGUUAUUUAAAUGCAGCGUUCCUCAGGGAAGCUCACUACCAACUAACAUUUCUCUGUGAAAUCAUUGUUCUUAAUUUAUUUAUGUGCAUUUGAAAAGAGUUUUGACGCUGUUGCUCGUCCUGUGAAUUUUGGUUGAAGCUGCGUUAUUUAUGUAGUUUAAAGAUGUUUUAUUUUAGGCUACUUCAAGCUACUGGUUUUAUGUUUCUGAGUUGGAAAACUUGUUCAUCUGACUGACAUGCUUCCUUUAAUAAACAUGGUUCUGUUCAUUC